AUGUCCAAACUAACCCUUUUCGUCUCUAGGCAAUUCGAGGCGGCCGUCAUAACUGCGGUUCACCCACGCCCGAUCUCUGCCCAAAUAUCUUGGGCGGAUGCCGCCGAUCGCGACUGUUCGCCGCCCCCAUGGCGAUGUUUCAAGGGGCUCGAGCAUGUGUCAAGCGGGACGUGGAAGCACUCCCAAGACUGUAUCGCAAUGUCCUUCCGCCGACCCAGGGCUCAUUAUUCUAAAGGUUCAUCUCCCGUGCAUCCUUCGUCAUCCCAGCCAUCUUCUCGCUCAGUUUCUCGUUCGACCUCUCCUGAAAAAACCCCUACGUCACAUGUUCAUCUCAUCCAGCCUAUAGACUUCCCUCGACAAAGGCGACCCCGCGGUGCAAAGCAUCUUUUCCUGCCUGGCCCCGAGAGCCUGGUAACGCUGCCUGGCCGCCUCAAUUUCACGCAUGCCAACCUUCCGAGAGGUCGAUCUUCCACCCGCACGCAGCACGGUCCGUCCGCUACUCAGCAAGGGGUUCCUAGUUCAGACGAUCCAUUCCUUUCACAUGUCGACGAUCUUCCUGUUUCAAGUCCGGAGCGUUUUUUUUUCGACGGCGUUUACACGUCCUUGCUUGAUGAACCGGCCGCCGUCCGAGCGGCACACCUCCGGCAGAAGAAGGCCCGCCAGUGGCAGAGGUGGGCGACGGAGGUCAUACCUUCGCUGCUCCUUCCCCACAUGGAAUUACUUCGGUUGAGCGAAUCAUUGCGUCAAAACGUUGACAUCCCGCGUGCGUGCACCUGCGGUGGUGAGCACAUAAGAACGCUGAAGGUUGUGUGUGUCUACUUCGAAUCUCUUCGCUAUGUAAAUAUCAAUGUUUGUUUAUGCUCGCCUGCUGCUCUACAGUUACUCUCGCGCGGGCUGUUCCCCUGCGCGCCUCAGGCGCCCACACUCGCUGUGGACCUGAAUCUGCUGCGAUUUACUCAACAGCUAUUUGUCCGCCUACCUCCUAACACCACGUCAUUCUGUGCGACGUUAGAAGCAUUUCUCGGGGACCGGGGAUAUAAGCUCACGACAAGGGACUCAUUGCGUCGACGAUUCGGAAAUGCGCUCCUCUGGUACUCAAACCUCCUCAAUGCGACCAAGAGACACGUGCAGGAUGCUGUCGAACAAGCCCGAUGUUCUGUCUUGCGUGAGGCCUGUGAGUCGACAUCACGCAUUCGGACACCUGGUACAUAUUGGCUCAAUGCGGCCUUGCUCCCCUUCCCCCUCGCCAUUGCCCUCGGCCUUCGCCUCUUCAUCGCACUUCGAUUCGCGCUCGCAAUCGUGCUUGCCCUCGGAUUCACCGAUGCGCUCGACCUCGGAUUCACCGAUGCGCUCGACCUCGGAGUCACCGAUGCGCUCGACCUCGAAGUCUCCGACGCCCUCAAACUCGGAGUCACCGACGCACUCACGCUCGGAGUCACCAACGCGUUCGCCGUCGAAGCUGUCAUCUCCCGCCGUAGAUGGAGGGCAUGCUGGACAGAGCAAGCCGUUCACACCGCCGGAGGACCUGCUGAGACCAAUCCAGAUGUGAUCGUUUGUAUCGACGCUUGUUUCACUCAAAAACGUAGAAGGGGGAAGGGAGAUGGGCAUGAUCAUCCACGCGAAGCCGAGGAGUCAGUCUUCAUCCCGGAGGAGGAGGUGAAGAAAAUGGAGUCGUAUGUUGAGCAAAUUCGACCAAGUAGGGACACUGGGCGGCGCCGUGCCCAACCUCCCGUUUCGGCCGACGACGAUGAUGGGUAUGAAGAAGGCCUCAAGGUACCAAGGUCUGUGCUCGAUGGCUGCCAUGAAUCCUUCCUCGCCGCCGAUGAAAAGCGCGAGAAGGCUAGCACACAGUUUUUCUCGGACACCGGCCUGAUGGCAUUGCUGUGCAGGCACAAUCGCGUCCUUUGGUUAGUAAACAUGACCUCGGCAGGGGAGAAACAACAUUACGCUCUCGCUCUCAUUCAAUGGCUCUUCGCGCAUCUACCCCGUUCCACCACCGUCGGGAUCUUGUAUGAUAUCGCCUGCCAGCUGCACCGGAGUUGCGUCAAGUGGGACCUUCUCGGGGAUUUGUUCGACCGCAUCAUGUUCGCUGUCUCGAUCUUUCACGCGUAUGGGCAUCAAUGGCCAUGCCAACUGAUAUACCAUCCGAGGAAAUGCAUUGGAUUUGGGCUCACGGACGGGGAGGGUUGUGAACGCUUCUGGAGCUCAAUCCGGAAGCUAAUACCAUCUCUUCGUGUCUCUGGGUAUCAUCAGCGCCUGUUCAUUCUCGAUGCACAAGUCAAGUAUCUUGACCAGCAGUCCCUCUUCAGCCUCGGUCAUUGGCUCAAUAAGAAGUGGAAGCAAUGCCAGGCCAAGAGACUCGUAGCGGCGGAAGCAGUUGAGCAAUGUGGGAUCACAGAUGAGGUGUUAUGUGAGCAAUGGGCAGCACAGGUUCGCGAUCAAACCAAGCCCGCGCCUCGGCGUUCUCGCGAUAAAGGAAAGAAGGCAAUCCAGACAAUCCUGGCGCUGCAGAAGAUGCUCGGCGCGUACAACGAGAGCGUGCGCCUACUGGAACUCAAGUUACUUGGUGAUGACGACGACAUAUUCAGCAUCGAGGAGGUCAGCUUAAAGCUGAUGGAGGCAAGGUCUAAAGUAGUGAACGUCAAGCAAGCCUUGCAACGUAAGAAGACUGCGUUGGGAGUUGGUGAGCGGCUGCAGCUCUCACGUUUGAUCAACAAUGCCUUCCUGAGGCUGCGUAUGAAUGCGCACGCAGUCAAGCAGCGCAUCCGCGACCGUCUCCGCCAGCGCAAGUUCGAGCUCGAGCGGCUCGAACGCUCGUAUCGUCAAACGGUCAACAACAACAAGCUCAGCUCUCACGCUGAGUCGUCAAUCAAGCGUCGCGAGCCCGGCAUCCUCAAGCUGGCCAAGACCUACAACGACUUGUGCAAGCAGAUGGACCUUCUCAUCAAGCAACGCAAGGCCCCGCGAUACGCAGUGUCGCCGCAGCCGAUUCAAGGCAACGGCCUCUUCAAGCUUGACGUUGAUGACGAUAUUUGGCAAGACGUCGGCCUCGAUGAUGAUGACGACAUUGCCGCGGUCCCGCGUUGGCUCGGUGAUGAGACUGUUCGCGAAGGCAUCAAGAAUCGCCUCUUACUAGAUCGCUGCAAUGAGGAGGAGGAGCGGUUGCGGGAAGAAAGGUGUUCUCUGCAAGAGUGGUUUGCGGAGGAGUGGACGAGCAAUGAGAGGGCUUGCGUGGAUGCAGGUGACAAUCCAGACCUCCUCUACCAGCUUGACUGUCAACGUGAUGGUAUCCGCUCCGUGAACGCUGCGCGGGAUGCCAACGAUGAAGAUGAGGUGAGCUUUGAUGAGGCCACGGAUCCCGAAGAUGAUGGUGAACUCCUUGAUGCUGCUGAGGGUGCUGCAUUGACCGAUGCAUAUCAUCCCAGUGCGGUAGAUUUUGACUCCGAUAGUCUCUUCGAUGAUGGAGUCAUGCGAAUGGUUAGUCAAUCCUCGCGCAAGCGGGUGCUUCACCUCUAG